AGGAGGAGGAGGAGGAGGAGCUGACCAUGGAGAUGUUUGGGAACAGCUCAGUCAAGUUUGAGCUGGAUAUAGAGCCCAAGGUGUUCAAGCCACCCACUGGCACUGAGGCCCUGAAUGACAGCCAAGAGUUCCCCUUCCCUGAGACACCCAGCAAAGUGUGGCCGCAGGACGAGUACAUUGUGGAGUACUCUCUGGAGUACGGCUUUCUGCGGCUGUCACAGGCCACACGACAGCGCCUCAGCAUCCCUGUCAUGGUGGUCACUCUGGACCCCACACGGGACCAGUGCUUCGGAGACCGCUUCAGCCGCUUGCUGCUGGAUGAGUUCCUGGGCUAUGAUGACAUCCUUAUGUCCAGCGUGAAAGGCCUGGCUGAGAACGAGGAGAACAAGGGCUUCCUGCGGAACGUGGUGUCGGGGGAGCACUACCGCUUCGUUAGCAUGUGGAUGGCGCGCACGUCCUACCUGGCUGCCUUCGUCAUCAUGGUCAUCUUCACCCUCAGCGUGUCCAUGCUGCUGCGCUACUCGCACCACCAGAUCUUCGUCUUCAUCGUGGACCUGCUGCAGAUGCUGGAGAUGAACAUGGCCAUCGCCUUCCCUGCAGCGCCCCUGCUCACCGUCAUCCUGGCCCUUGUUGGGAUGGAAGCCAUCAUGUCCGAGUUCUUCAAUGACACCACCACGGCCUUCUACAUCAUCCUGAUUGUAUGGCUGGCUGACCAGUACGACGCCAUCUGCUGCCACACGAACACCAGCAAGCGCCACUGGCUGAGGUUCUUCUAUCUGUACCACUUCGCCUUCUAUGCCUACCACUAUCGCUUCAACGGGCAGUACAGCAGUCUGGCCCUGGUCACCUCCUGGCUCUUCAUCCAGCAUUCCAUGAUCUACUUCUUCCACCACUACGAGCUUCCUGCUAUCCUGCAGCAGAUCCGCAUCCAGGAGAUGCUGCUGCAGACCCCGCCGCUGGGCCCUGGAACCCCCACGGUGCUACCAGAUGACCUGAACAACAAUUCGGGCACCCCUGCCACCUCCUCUGACCCUGCCGGCCAGCCCCUUGCCCUGGGUCCUGGCACAGCUGGAGCCGGUGGGGCACCUGGUCCUGGGCCUGUUGUACCCAGCACCUUGGGGACCAUGGCUGCCUCAGUGGCUGCAGCGGCUGGGGGUGACCUGGGCUGGAUGGCCGAGACUGCCGCCAUCAUCACUGACGCCUCCUUCCUGUCUAGCCUGGGCGCCUCACUCUUGGAGCGGCGACCUGCCGGACCCUUGAGCCCCAGUGGGGGCCUUCCCCGCACCCCCCAGGACAGUGCCCCCCAGAGCGACUCCUUGGCACCCGACACAACCUCCCCAGUAGCCACCGGAGGUGGGCCCGCCCCCGCACCCAGGACCCCAGCUGACUUGCCCUCUGAGGUUGGGUCCUGAGCUUGGCUGCUGCCACCUGUCCCCGGUCCCAGCUGGCGGGCGUGACCUCAUGGUGGGAAGGCAGUCCCCGAUGUGGCCGGGCCCUCCCCCCUCCCCGACUGCCCGCCUGUGCAGUGGCGGUGGCCGUGACGUCAGUCAGGUUUGGGAGGGCCGGCCUCCCCUGGUGCGCCGGCCAAGCGUGUCCUGUUAGAAAGUUGUGUGUGGCGGUCUGCAGGGAGAGGGAGCGGCGCCGAAGGCUCUAGAGGGGCUUGGUGGGACGUGGGCACCGUCCUGGGGCAGGGCUCAGCCACAGGUGACAGGUGGGGGGGGAGCGGCUGUGUUGGGCCAUGGGGCUCAGCCAGCCCGGCUGCCAGGUGCUCCCCACGCAGUGCCUUCUCCUCGGCCGCCCCUUCCUGUGCCCUACAGCUUGGGGUCCCCAGGCGUGGCGCUGUGCCGCGGAUCCGGCAAGGGCCCAGGUACCAGUGUCAUAAGCCAGGCGCGCAGGGUGGCAGCGGGAACCAGGCGCUCGGUGAGGAUGGGAGCGCGUUCAUUCCACUCUAUUUAAUUGCAGUGUACAGAGUUGUGUUUGUAUAUGGAAUAAACUGUCCAUGGACAGCG